AUGUCCCAUAGACAAGCCCGCUAUCAGCCUCUUGAUAAUGCCUCUGAAGUAGAGCUUGACGGAGGCGACCUGUCCGAUGAUGACCCCAAGGCACCUCAGACUUUCACCCUCCGCUCCGGUCCACCAGCAAGCGACGCCGCUUCCUCAAGCGAGGUCGCUUUGUUAGGCUCCUCCGCCCCUGGAGUCCGUGGCACGUCCCCCAGACGACGAAAAUAUCCCGAUACCGUUGCCAGCCGCUUCUGCGUCGGCCCCAGACUCACUAAGCAAUACAUCGCCUGCUCAGUCCUCAUCUUAGCAGUCAUUGUCUCGCUCAUUGGUGGCGGUGGCUACUGGGUCUAUACAAAGGGUCAGAUCAAUGGGCAGUCUCCGCCGUGGUAUCCGACACCGCCAGGCGGGACAUUGCCAGCAUGGCAAGUCAGCUACGACAAGGCUCGGAAACUGGUUGAGCGUAUGAGCCUCGUGGAAAAGGUCAACAUCACCACCGGCACAGGAUGGGCAAUGGGACUUUGUGUGGGCAAUACUGCUCCUGCACUGAGCGCUGGUUUCCCCGGUCUUUGUCUUCAGGACGGCCCUCUGGGGAUACGAUUUGCAGAUCAUGCUACUUCCUUCCCUGCUGGUAUCACGGUGGGCGCCACCUGGAACCGUGAUUUGAUGCGUCGCCGCGGCGCCGCUCAUGCACGUCAGGCCAAACUCAAGGGCGUCAACGUUCUUCUUGGGCCAGCAAUGGGACCAUUGGGUCGAAACCCGGCUGGUGGCCGAACGUGGGAAGGCUUUGGCAGCGAUCCAGUCGUGCAAGGCGUAGCUGCAUACGAGACCAUUCAAGGCAUCCAGUCACAAGGUGUCAUGGCAACUGCAAAACACUAUAUUGGCAACGAGCAAGAGCAUUUCCGUCGACCUCUGGAGUGGGGUCUCCCAGAGGCUCUCUCUUCCAAUAUCGAUGAUCGCACUCUGCACGAAGUCUACGCCUGGCCGUUUGCCGAGAGUGUAAGAGCCGGAGUGGCCAGCAUCAUGUGUUCCUAUCAGAUGGUCAACAAUUCUUAUGCUUGUGCGAACAGUAAGUUGAUGAACGGGCUCUUGAAAGAUGAACUCGGCUUCCAAGGCUUUGUCCAGUCGGACUGGUUGGCUCAACGCAGCGGUGUUGCUAGUGCUCUCGCAGGCCUCGAUAUGUCCAUGCCCGGUGACGGAUUGUUUUGGCAAGAUGGAAGAUCACUCUUCGGCGAGCAGCUCACCAUCGCGGUGCUCAAUGGCUCUCUUCCGGUGAGCAGGCUCAACGACAUGGUCACACGGAUCGUUGCUGCAUGGUAUCAGCUAGGACAAGAUUCCUGGGCCUCUGAAGGACCCAAUUUUUCCUCGUGGACGCACGAUGAAUACGGCUAUCCACAUGCUGGUAGCAAUAGCAAACAAGACAAAGUCCUCGUCAACAAGUAUGUCGAGACAGAGAACGACGAAAGCCGACAAUUAGCCCGAGAAGUCGCCAGCGAGGGCACCAUUCUGCUGAAGAACGAAGAUUCAAUUUUGCCCCUGAGUCCUACACUUUCCGAGCUGGGGACCGGUACCCCCAAGCGAGUCGCCAUUAUCGGGGAGGACGCCGGCCCUGGGAAAGGACCUAAUUACUGCGAAGAUCGAGCUUGCAAUCAAGGCACUCUCGCUGUGGGUUGGGGUUCAGGUGCGACAGAUUUCACUUACCUCGUGGACCCGCUCUCAGCGCUGAACUCAAGCUUCGACCAGUCCGUGGUCGAAAUAACCAGCUCCCUCACCAAUAAAUUGUCUUCCAAUUUCAGGAAGGCGCUCAGGGAACAAGACUUAUGCCUCGUCUUUGGCAACGCAGACUCGGGCGAAGGCCAUCGCAUCUGGCAUAGUCAACGUGCAGACAGAAAUGACCUGGAAAUCCAGAAAGGCGCAGGCCAGUUGAUUCGCACUGUGGCCGACGAGUGCGGUGGUCCUGUUGUGGUCAUUAUUCAUUCUGUUGGUCCUGUCAUCCUCGAGGAGUUUGCCGAUUUGCAGUCCGUCAAGGCCAUUGUCUUUGCGAACCUGCCCGGUCAGGAAAGCGGAAAUGCCCUUGCUGAUGUCCUGUUUGGACGUACCGAUGCUUCCGGACGGCUUCCCUACACGGUCGGCAAGUCCCUUGCGGACUAUGGUCCAGGUGCUCCAGUGCUUUACUAUCCCAACGCCAUCACCCCACAGGUGAAUUUCAGGGAAGGCCUGUUCAUCGAUUACCGGCAUUUUGACAAGGCAGGCACUGAGCCUCGUUAUCCUUUCGGUCACGGGUUGUCCUUCACAACAUUCGAUUUCUCUGACCUGGUCGUUACGAGACUGAGAUCGAAAUCGGCCCUCCCUUCUGCAAGGCCUCCAACGCUGACACCCCCAAGAUUUGACGAAACUAUACCACCUGUUGAGAGUGCGCUCAUCCCAAGCACACUCACAAAGAUAAGGAAGUUCGUUUAUCCGUACAUAUCUCGAGCAGACCAAGUAAAGAAGGGCAAGUAUCCGUAUCCUGAUGGAUACGACAUCGUUCAGGCGCCCAGUGCUGCUGGAGGUGGCGAAGGCGGCAAUCCUGCUCUGUUUGAAGAGUAUGUCAAUGUCCAAGUGCGUAUUACAAACACAGGAAACCGCAAAGGGAAGUCCGUGGUACAACUGUAUGUCUCAUUCCCUUCUGCGAUAAAGGAACCAUCCACGAAUGAAAUCAUCGAAACGCCGGUGAGGGUGUUGCGCAACUUCACAAAGAUCGAGCUCGAGGCAGGUGCAGCACAGGUUGUGAACCUCAGUCUGACUCGAAAAGAUUUGAGUUACUGGUCUGUGAUUCAACAGAAUUGGGUGAUGCCUGAUGGUCCGUUCACCUUGGCUGUGGGUCGCAGUUCGAGAGAUCUACCUCUGGAGGGGAUAUAUUGA